GGGAGGACGCAAAGGGGGCCGGCGACAUUUCUAUAUGCAAAAAGUUUAUGGCGCCAAGGGCAACGUCGUUUCGAAUUCGAAAGGGUCGUUGUUGGACCUCGAAUUGUGUAAGGGGUUCGGAGCGGGUGCUGUGAACACCCCGUUCUACAGAGAACUCGUUCUUGGGGCCGGUUUUGUUUUGGCGCGUGAAUUUUUGGACAUGUUGGAAGACAAAAACAUCGCUCUAGUUGUCCCCUGCGAGGUUGACCCAUCAUUGGAGUUGUCGUUGCCGUUGAAGCUGUGCAGCGGUUGCGAGUCAAGCGGGGCAGCGGCGGAGGGCGGUGAUCUGGGUUCUGGUCCCACCACUCAGCUGCACUGUGGCGAGAGCCGAGCGAGGUCGCUGCUCGGCAGCGAGGUGGCCAGGAAAUACAAUUUCGAGCGGUGGCCUGCACGAAUGGUCUACUUUUCGGACGACAACUUCGAAGUGUACUUCCUUGUCAGUUCCCAGGACAACAAGAGGGACCUGAAGGCGCCCCCACGACAGCUGAAGCUGUCAAUGAGGGACAUAAGGUGGCAGUGGAAGCGCGCCGGUUGCCCGCGUGCUGUUAUGGGGAACCCCAGCGGAAAACAGGAUCAGGUCCGGAAGUGGCGUGAAUUUUGUAAUGUCGCACUCAACAUGACACCGCACAACAACUUGUGGAUUCUCGCAGAUCAGCAGGGCGAGGAGGCCAUUAGGAAACAAGGCGCUGCCCUGCGUUCCUAUUUCCCGCUGGCGAUGGCAGGGGAGAACGUCUGGAAACAGGCCGUCGAGUUUUUUCGAGAAAUGGGAGAGGCAGAUUGCUUGGACACGAUGGCGCAAAGUUUCGUUCAGCUUCUCGAAUCCGUCACCAAGAAGGGGGAGGGUGUCGUCUUCCUCGAGAAGCGACACGCGCGGUCAAUCUGGGAAGUAUUGAAGGCAGGACGGCACGUCAUCGCAAUGGAAGGGAACUCCGAGCUCUUGCAAUUUACAAUUGAUCUCGUCAAAAGCGAGGUCAAUUCGGGUGCCCACAAUUGCGAGUUCAUGGUCGUCACCGAGACUCAGGCUCGCGCGUGGAACAACAAGACGGACAUGUGGUUCAAGUUGAGUGAGAGGAAGCGGAACAAGAUAUACGACCUCUUCUUCCUGCAAACGCGGCCGAAGAGAGACACUGACACCGAGUACGUGCGCCGCAAGGACCACAUGUUCACGUUGCUCAACAACUACCACGGCGCCUCCCACAUGAAGGCGAAGACCUUCCUCGAGAGGUUGCAGUCCCUUUACUUCGUGGAGUCAGAGGAGGAGCUGACGUUCGACAGUUACUCCUCCUUGAUCUUCACGGAAGACGAGGAGACCACCAGCAUUGAGUUCGACGCGACCGCGGACGAGGAGGGCAUCGACUCCGAAAGCCUCGACCUGCAGUAAAACCAACAUUCCGUGCAGCACUCUACAG